CUCUCUUUCUGCAUCUGCCGGGAGAGCUGCCGCUGGUAUUUUUCCACAGGCCUUUUCUGCGCUCUCAGGGCCUAGCUUUUCCCGGCCAGGCCCAGAGUCCGAGAGAGGGUUAAUAGGCAGGAAGCUGAAGCCAUCGCAGACUAAUACGGAAGUCAGAUUUUUGUUUAACUGACAGGUUUAGCAGGCCUCCGCCGUGGGGGAGGGGGCCGGGAGGGGAAGGGAAGUCUGUAGCUCUAGGCAUGUGGCCUGCUAGGAGCGCAUUUGGCCUUUCUUAGGGAUGGCUCUUGCUCACCAGAGCCUCACAAAGAUAAUCGCUCAGGAAGUGUUUCCGCCAAUCCGAGGCCGCCUUACACUCCGAUUUGCCGGGGCAGCCAAUCGGGGAUGAGCUUUUAUUAGGCGGCCAGAUCAUCAAGCCGAAGUGCCAAACCCUUUUUCUGUGAGAACUAGGAGCCUGUCCUCCAUGUUUUAUAAGUAUUGACAUUACACAGUGUUAACAAUGCAUCCACAGAGCUUGGCUGAAGAGGAAAUAAAAGCAGAACAGGAAGUGGGAGAGGGCAUGGAUAUCUCUACUCGCUCCAAAGAUCCUGGCUCCACAGAGAGAACAGCCCAGAAAAGAAAGUUUCCCAGCCCUCCGCAUUCCUCCAAUGGCCACUCGCCACAGGACACAUCAACAAGCCCCAUUAAAAAGAAAAAGAAACCCGGCUUACUGAACAGUAACAAUAAGGAGCAGUCAGAACUAAGACAUGGUCCGUUUUACUAUAUGAAGCAGCCACUCACCACAGACCCUGUUGAUGUUGUACCGCAGGACGGACGAAAUGAUUUCUACUGCUGGGUUUGUCACCGGGAAGGCCAAGUGCUUUGCUGUGAGCUCUGUCCCCGGGUUUAUCACGCUAAGUGUCUGAGACUGACAUCGGAACCAGAGGGGGACUGGUUUUGUCCUGAGUGUGAGAAGAUAACGGUGGCUGAGUGCAUCGAGACUCAGAGUAAAGCCAUGACCAUGCUCACCAUCGAACAGUUAUCCUACCUGCUCAAGUUUGCCAUUCAGAAGAUGAAACAGCCAGGGACAGACGCAUUCCAGAAGCCCGUUCCCUUGGAACAGCAUCCUGACUAUGCAGAGUACAUCUUCCAUCCCAUGGACCUUUGUACAUUGGAAAAGAAUGCUAAAAAGAAAAUGUAUGGCUGCACAGAAGCCUUCCUGGCUGAUGCAAAGUGGAUUUUGCACAACUGCAUCAUAUAUAAUGGGGGAAAUCACAAAUUGACACAAAUAGCGAAAGUAGUCAUCAAAAUCUGUGAGCACGAGAUGAAUGAAAUUGAAGUAUGUCCAGAGUGUUACCUAGCUGCUUGCCAAAAACGAGAUAACUGGUUUUGUGAGCCUUGUAGCAAUCCACAUCCUUUGGUUUGGGCAAAACUGAAGGGGUUUCCAUUCUGGCCUGCGAAAGCCCUGCGGGAUAAAGAUGGGCAGGUCGAUGCCCGUUUCUUUGGACAACACGACAGGGCCUGGGUUCCAAUAAAUAAUUGCUACCUCAUGUCUAAAGAAAUUCCUUUUUCUGUGAAAAAGACGAAAAGCAUCUUCAACAGUGCAAUGCAAGAGAUGGAGGUGUACGUGGAGAACAUCCGCCGGAAGUUCGGGGUCUUUAAUUACUCGCCGUUCAGGACACCCUACACGCCCAACAGCCAGUACCAAAUGCUGCUCGACCCCUCCAACCCCAGUGCCGGCGCCGCCAAGAUCGACAAGCAGGAGAAGGUCAAGCUCAACUUUGACAUGACGGCCUCGCCCAAGAUCCUGAUGAGCAAGCCGAUGCUGAGCGGGGGCACGGCCCACAGGAUCUCCUUGUCGGACAUGCCUCGCUCCCCCACCAGUACCAACUUCGUGCACACGGGCUCCGACGUGGAGCAGGACGCCGACAAGAAGGCCACGUCCAGCCACUUCAGCGCCAGUGAGGAGUCCAUGGACUUCCUGGACAAGAGCACAGCUUCUCCAGCCUCCACCAAGACGGGACAAGCAGGGAGUUUAUCCGGCAGCCCGAAACCCUUCUCUCCUCAAGCGUCCACACCCAUCCCCACGAAAACGGACAAGACGUCCAGCACAGGAAGCAUCCUGAACCUGAACCUGGAUCGAAGCAAGGCCGAGAUGGAUUUGAAGGAGCUGAGUGAGUCGGUCCAGCAGCAGUCGGCCCCUGUCCCGCUCAUCUCUCCCAAGCGGCAGAUUCGCAGCAGAUUCCAGCUAAAUCUUGACAAGACGAUAGAGAGUUGCAAAGCACAAUUAGGCAUCAAUGAAAUCUCCGAAGAUGUUUAUACGGCUGUCGAGCACAGCGAUUCGGAGGAUUCUGAGAAGUCAGAUAGUAGCGAUAGUGAGUCUAUCAGUGACGAGGAGCAGAAGUCCAAGAAUGAGCCAGAAGAUGCCGAAGACAAGGAGGGGGCCCGGAUGGACAAAGAGCCAUCUGCUGUCAAAAAAAAGCCCAAAUUGGCCAACCCCAUGGAGACAAAAGAGGAGCUGAAGGUCAGCCCGUCACCGGCCAGCGAGAAAGCAGAGCAGAGCUCCGGAAAGGAGAAGACGAGCCCCCAGCCCGAGAAGGACUUUGCAGAGAAGGCGAAACCCUCGCCUCAUCCCGCAAAGGAUAAGCUGAAGGGGAAAGAUGAGACGGAUUCCCCCACAGUGCAUUUGGGCCUGGACUCCGAUUCCGAGAGCGAGCUUGUCAUAGAUUUAGGAGAAGACCAUUCUGGGCGGGAGGCGAAAAAUAAGAAGGAACCCAAAGAACCAUCUCCCAAGCAGGAUGUUGUAGGGAAAGCUCCACCAUCCACAACGGCAGGCAGCCAGUCUCCCCCAGAAACGCCAGUCCUCACCCGCUCUUCCUCCCAAACUCCCACGGCUGGCGUCACGGCCACCACCAGCACCACGUCCACGGUCACGGCCCCGGCCGCCGCUGCCACGGGAAGCCCGGUGAAAAAGCAGAGGCCGCUUUUACCGAAGGAGACUGCCCCGGCCGUGCAGCGGGUCGUGUGGAACUCGUCAAGUAAGUUUCAAACGUCCUCCCAAAAGUGGCACAUGCAGAAGAUGCAGCGUCAGCAGCAGCAGCAGCAGCAAAACCAGCAGCAGCAGCCUCAGUCUUCCCAGGGGACGAGAUAUCAGACCAGACAGGCUGUGAAAGCCGUCCAGCAGAAGGAGAUCACGCAGAGCCCGUCCACCUCCACCAUCACCCUGGUGACCAGCACCCAGUCAUCGCCCCUCGUCACCAGCUCGGGGUCCACGAGCACCCUCGCCUCCUCCGUCAGCGCAGACCUGCCCAUCGCCACCGCCUCAGCCGACGUGGCCGCGGACAUUGCCAAGUACACUAGCAAAAUGAUGGAUGCAAUAAAAGGCACGAUGACAGAAAUAUAUAACGACCUUUCUAAAAACACUACUGGGAGCACGAUAGCUGAGAUUCGCAGGCUAAGGAUCGAGAUUGAGAAGCUUCAGUGGCUGCACCAGCAAGAGCUCUCGGAAAUGAAACACAACCUGGAGCUGACCAUGGCAGAGAUGCGGCAGAGCCUGGAGCAGGAGCGGGACCGGCUCAUCGCUGAGGUCAAGAAGCAGCUGGAGCUGGAGAAGCAGCAGGCGGUGGAUGAGACCAAGAAGAAGCAGUGGUGCGCCAACUGCAAGAAGGAGGCCAUCUUCUACUGCUGCUGGAACACCAGCUACUGCGACUACCCCUGCCAGCAGGCCCACUGGCCCGAGCACAUGAAGUCCUGCACCCAGUCAGCUACCGCCCCUCAGCAGGAAGCAGACCCAGAGGUGAACACGGAAACACUAAAUAAGCCGUCCCAGGGGGCCUCCUCCAGCACGCAGGCAGCCCCCCCGGAAGCCAGCGCCUCGAAGGAGAAGGAGGCCCCAGCUGAGAAAAGCAAGGACAGUGGCUCAACCCUCGACCUUUCUGGCUCCAGGGAGACACCCUCCUCCAUUCUCUUAGGCUCCAACCAAGGCUCUGUUAGCAACAGGUGUGACAAGCAACCCGCCUCUGCCCCAACCACCACAGACCACCAGCCGCACCCCAACUACCCCGCCCAGAAGUACCACUCCCGGAGUAGCAAGUCCAGUUGCUGGAGCGGCAGCGAUGAGAAACGAGGGUCGGCCCGUUCCGAGCACAACGCCGGUCCCAGUGCCAAGAGCCUCAUCCCGAAGGAGUCUCGGCUGGAUGCCUUCUGGGACUAGGGACACAAGCCAUCCUCCCCUGGAAGGGGGGAAAAAACCAACAACAGACACCAGGAAAACAGGAAACAGCCAAGAAAUGUGAGACAGGGGACUAGCCACCUUGGGACAGAGGGCGCCAACCAUUCAGACUUGGCCCUCGUGGCUCACACUACGACACGUCCAGCAUUAGCCUUGACUGAGGGCUGCUCCACCCACAGGAAACCUCUGCUUUCGAUGUAAAUAAUGUACACUUUGUGGAUGUCAUCGAGCCUAGAGUACCUUCCCCUUUUUAUAUUUGUAUUGACUUUAACUUAUAAAAAAAAAGAGAGAGAGAAGAAAACAAUUUAAAAAAAACUACCAACAACAAAAAGAAUGUUUGAUGUUGGAGAAGGGACGGCCAGCCAGCCCGCCUGUCGUGGUGGUGUGGAGCGGGCACAGGGACAGCUGUGGCACACAGGUCCUCGCCCCGGGUCGCCUGGGGGCAGGGGCGGGUGGGGGACUAAGCUGUUUCCAUCGGAUGUCUGUACACAGCACGUGGGGAUCAGGCUUUUCCCGCCCUGAUUUGCGGGGACAUCCCCUCCGGCCAUUGGCCCCUUUCAAAUGCUACGUGAUUAUGUUAUAAAACGCACGCUCUCUGGCCCAGAAAGACCCGUGGAAGAGCUCGUUUAUUUUGUGUGAUUUUCAUGAUGACGCGACUCCUACAAAAGGGAAAAAAAAACAACAACCCCAUGUCCUUGUUUACAGAAGAUCAACUCCAAACAGGCCCCCGCUCAGCUCAGUUGCAGAAGGAAGAACAGAGAAAAAGCCUUUGGGUCGGACGCUCGGAAGCAAAGAGAAACUCUUUGCUCUGCCUUGGGGGUCCUUUCGAGACCCUCCGCCCCGCUUGGGCAGAGACGGCCGUGCUUCUGGGGAGCAAGGCCUCAAAGGCAGGGCGCACGCAGAGGACGUUGGAGGCUGGGAGGAAGCAUGUCUGUGUUAUUUAUACGAUGGAAUUUUACGUUUUUCCGUGAGCAUGAAGCCGAGGCAGUGUGAGGGGAGCAGGCCGCCGCCGUGCUGUCUGUUACACUACGUGCUGUUAGUACCAUUUUGUAUGUUGUGUAAAACAAGAAGCAUUGAACAAAGCAAAAAGGUGAUAUAUGUAUAUGAGAAAAAUUAAUUGUACGAUAUCAUUCCAGUACAUUCCGUUGUACAUUUUAGUCUCGUUUACUUUCUCUUCAUUGUUGAUAAGAGGAUGCGAACUGUACAGUUUCCAGCUAGUUACCCAUAUUAGAGAAGAAAUCAAGAGUCUUAGAAGACGACAGGAGAGGAGGAACGUGUGUGAAUCGCAGUUGUCAAAAAAAAAAAAAAUAGCCUAGCUGGCCUUAUUUGUGAAGCAUAAUUGCUUUUAGCAUAUGGAAGUAUUUUUUCACAUUUUCUUUGUAUAAAAUUUGUAUUAAACUUAAAUAUCUUUUUUGAUGACGGUGUUUCUUUGUGACUGAGCCCGUGGACUCACACAGUCUAUACACGCUUUUGGGUUUCCCCACCGCCCUCCCCCCUCAAUUUUUUCAGGUUCUUCACCUUUUUUUAAUUAAACUGUUUUGGAAAAAUGA